AUGACUGGAUGGUGCGACAGAGGACUGCAAGCAAGCGAACCUCUCGCGCAGGUGUCAGGCAACUGCCCCAAAUGCGGUGCUAAACUUCUUGCCGACUCUCAAUUCUGCCGUCGCUGCGGCCACAGGUUGAUGAAGGCGCAGGUCGAGAUGUCUGCAGGGCAGGAAGGGCUUCAAUAUCUCUGCUCCAAGUAUUCAUCCCUCAUCACACGUCUCCGCGAGGAGGUUCUGGCCAGGCAGCAGGCUGAAGCUGAAGCAAGGCUCUUGGAGUCACGCCUGCGGGAGGAGGCGGAGGUUUGGCAACAGGAGAAGGGUGGCAUGAUCCGGGAGCUGCAGCAGCUCCGCGAAGAAAUCGCUGGUUUGCAAUCGCAGCUUUUGGCAAAGAGGUUACAGAAGGCCGACAGCAGCGCCGGCAGGGACGCGCCGCCAGCGGCGCCAGGCGAUUCUGCAGACAGCACCUGGAAACAGUACCAGGUACAAGCUCAGCAGCACCAUCAGCUCAUGUCUCUCUUGGCGGAACACUCGCAACUGCAGGCAGAGCAACAAGACACGCAGGCCGAGCUCACGGCAUGCCAGGAGCACCUCACCCGCUGGAGGCGGAAAGCCUCGGAGCUGGAGAGCCAAGCGGCCUUGGCCGAGAGCGGCCGCGACGAGGCAGAGCGCCGAGCCAGAUGUGUCCAAGACGAGAUGCGACAGGCCCUCAGAUCGGCUGCAUCGGCCAAGGGCCGCCAGAAGGAGGCUGAACGCGUUGCUCGCCAGGAGGAGCUUCAAAUGCGAGAUCUGGACGAGCGACUCAAGGUUCAGGUCGCAAUGGCUGCAAGGAUGCGGUCCUUGGGCUUGGUCUUCGUGCUGCUCCCCUUGAGACCGUCCGGCUUCUCCUCGCAAUCGUGCUCGGCAACUCCGGAGUGUGCAGUCCUGAAUCUCGUGGGGGACUGCUGCCCCAAUUCAAUAGGGAAGUACCUGGAUUGCUGUACCCCUUCGAGGCAGUGCUCUGGCAAUCAGAAGUGCGCUGCGCUGGGAUUGGGAGGGCUUUGUUGUCCGAACGAUGCUGGUCAUCAACUCGACUGCUGCUCUGCAGCCGAUGCCACCGCAUUGCCCAGCCCAAGCGCAGUACCCACUGUGCCGCCCGUGCCGGCUGCAACGCCUGCUGGAAGCAUCCACGAGAUGGGAAGUCAGAAUGAUAAUUAUGAGCAAGCAGCCCAGACAGUACUCACAGCGGGAAGAGUGGAGGGAGAGCAAGAUGCGACGGAAGAAACGACCAAGCGUGAAAUGAAGGGGAGCCGUUUCGGUCCACUGCCCAUGAUUGGCUUCUUGCUGCUUCUAAUUUGUAUUCCAGGUCUUUGCUGCUGGUUCUGCUGGAUCAAGGUCUUGAACAAAGGCAGCUCGGACAAGGCACGCGCGCUUCCCGACACCUAUGACAUGGAGUCUGUGAGCGCAGUGAGCACCCGCACAGAGACCACCAGCCAUCUGGAGUCCUCCGCAUGCCAAGUUGGGUCUGACGAGCUCUAUCUGCCCCGAGAUCUGAAGGAUAGCGACAUGCGUGAUCUGCCCAUGACCGUGGGCUGCUGCCCCCAUGUUUGUGGGGAUGCAAAAGAGGCCCCACCCUUCCGUACCGCGCUACGCCACGACAGCCGGGUGAAUGCGCGACGUGCAGGGAGCGCUGAGCGACGACUUGCCAGUGCCGAGGCAGCGGAAGUGGCGGCUGGCCACCUGGAAAGUGAAGUGGCGGACCUAAGACGUCGGCUACGGUGUGCAGAAGAGCAGGCCAAUGAGCUCAGAGCGAGCAAUCUGCGCGUGGAGCAAGCAGAGGCCAGAUCUGCGCAGCGAGCCGGCGAGGUCAAGGGCGAGCUGAGAGCGGCGGAAGCUUUGAACCAGACCAACUCAGUCCAUCUCAAGGAUCUCGAGGUGCAGCUGAUGACGACCCGCGAAGCCUUGGCAGAGGCAGAAGCCGACCGCGCCACCAAGAGCAGCUGGUCGAAGCGCCUGGGUCAUGAGCUGGCAGAUGCACGUGCAAAGCAGCAGGAGGCUUGGCAAGUUCAAGAGCAGCAAGCUCAUGAACUACGUGAAGCACGUCGACGCCUGGAUCAGCUGGUCGGGGGAGGAACUUCCAUGCCAGGUGGCCAGCUUGCGCAGUGCAAGCGUCGGCUCCUCGACCUGGAGCAGGCUUGCAGCCGAAAGGAGGCGGAGGUUGCAGAGGAGCGGCGGGCCCGAGAGCGGUGCCACACAGAGGCCGUCCGGGCCAGCGAAAAGCUCCGUGCAGCGAGGGCACAAGGUGCUCAGCUAAAAGAGCGGCUGCGGACUUUGGAGGAGGCCGAGCUUCGGUACCCAUCACGAUUCCCGCCGCAGAGAGCGAAGCCACAGACCAGCUCUCGGCGUCCAAGUCGAAGCUUCAGCGUUCCAGCGCCCGAAGGGCGCUUGCGAGACGGGCGACCUGGACGACCUGAUUCCCAUGCAUCACACGUCGCGCACGCCUGGAUGCAAGGGACACUGCAAACUCCGGAGCCACUGGAGCCGUGUCAGACCAGCUCCACCAGCGUGGACGAUGUGCAAGUGAUGAAGGACUUCGUCAAAAGCGAGGAAGCCAGGCUUCGUGCCUUGAGCGGUCACGGGAGCGGGAGUGAAGGUGCGAGUCUCAGAGAGCGGCCUCUGGACUCCGACCCCAUCGGCCCCGGCUCGUAUCGCCUGUCAUGGGAGGAACAGCCCAGGGCCGCCCUUCCUUUGAAGGCCUCGGAGCCGCCAGCACGGCUUCCUCCCGAAGAGGACCUCAGCUUGGCCACACUACUGGCCAUGCAGCCCCAACCGCCGGACAAGAGUGACCAGGCAGCAGCCGCUUACCGUGAGCUGCCUCCAGAGGUGGCGCCUGUCCUCAGGCCGCAGGGAGCUUCGAGCGCGUGA